UUUGACAUCUCAGGAACGGAUUGUCGGCGUAGGCGGCUCAGUUUAUUUUUAAUUCUAAAUAUUAUUUUAAUUUUAUUAAUUUAACGCCAGAGUUAACUUUUAUUUCAAGAAAACCUACAGUGUUAGUGGCAUUACCUUCAUCAUAUGAUCAAAUAACCACAUCAAAUAACUAUUUAUAAGUAGCUUAUAGCUACAUGUUUCGCAAGUGUUAUCGAAUUGGACCCGGGGCAAAUGAUUGAAUCCCAAAAUAGCAGAACUCCUGGUUGGCUUGAAGAUUGAUUGAAUGAAAAUUUAGUUUUGAAGUCAUUAUAUUUCACAUUUUUCAAAAUGAGCCCUAAGAGAGCUUUUUAUCAAGAGAUAAGGAAAAUGUUUAGUUGGACAUUUUUGAAAGGUCUGAUUGUAAAUCCUGCUCAGCUACCGUUUGUUGCAGUUUUAAUUUUAAUCGCUGAAUUAAUACUAAAUGUUUUGAUCGUGGAAAGAGUGCCCUAUACAGAAAUUGAUUGGAAAGCCUAUAUGCAAGAAUGUGAAGGAUUUCUUAAUGGUACUUGGGACUACAGCAAACUUCGCGGCGACACAGGACCUCUGGUAUACCCUGCCGGUUUUGUGUAUAUAUACUCCAUAUUCUAUUUUAUAACAAACAAAGGAGAUAAUAUCAAGCUAGCACAAUAUAUUUUUAUAGGAGUAUAUUUGUUGUUGUUAAUGUUUGUGCUCCGAAUUUACAUUAAAACAAGAAAAGUACCUCCAUAUGCUCUUGCAAUAACAAUUUUAACAUCAUACAGAAUUCAUUCAAUCCAUGUACUAAGAAUGUUUAAUGAUCCAAUUGCAGUGCUUUUAUUGUAUGCUUCACUCAAUUAUUUUCUGGAUUCAAGAUGGUAUUUAGGCAGCUUCAUUUAUAGUUUAGCAGUAUCAGUUAAGAUGAAUAUUUUGUUGUAUGCUCCGGCUUUAUUUUUCUUUUAUUUAGUUAAUUUAGGUUUAAAAGAUACAUUCAAACAGUUGUUAGUUUGUGGUAUAACACAAAUUGUAUUGGGCCUACCUUUCUUGCUCUCUAAUCCUGUAGCAUAUUUAAAAGGAAGUUUUGACUUAGGACGAGUCUUCAAUCAUACUUGGACUGUAAAUUAUAGGUUUUUGGAUGAGAAAGUAUUUGCAAGUACUAUGUUUCACUUGGUAUUAUUAGGAAUACAUAUAAUGCUUCUUCUUUUAUUGUUGCCCAUGUGUAUUCAGUAUUUCAAAAGUUAUUGCCGCUUAAGAUAUGUCCAAAGACAAUUCCAGCCUCAAAUAGAUGCCAAAAAUUUAGAAAAUAGAAAAAAUAUGAAAUCUAAAAAAGAAAAUAAAGCCAAAAUGAACCAAAACCAUAAAGAAGAUAAUCUAUCAAAGGAACAGGAGAAUUUCUUAAAAUCAUUUGAAAAUAUGUUACAAAAAUCAUCACCAAAAAUGGGAAAUAAAUCCGAAAAAGUUAGUAAACCUGAAAAAGAAACAGCACCAUAUAGCAUUAAUUUUGAUAUAUUGUCACAACUAUUUGUUCUUCCUAUGUUUCUAGUAAACUUCAUUGGUAUAGUGUGUGCGAGGAGUUUACAUUAUCAGUUCUAUUCUUGGUAUUUUCAUACCUUGCCAUAUUUGCUUUGGUCCACAAACUACAGCCUAGUCAUAAGAUUUUUAAUAUUAGCCUUAAUAGAAUUUUGUUGGAACACAUAUCCAAGUACAGAUGCAACAAGUAUCAUGCUACAUGUCUGCCAUAUAAGUAUUUUGUAUGGAGUUUAUAGUAAAAUGUCAAAAGAAUUUAAUUUUAUUGCUAAAAAUGCAUAAUAAUACAUAUUCUUUUACAUUUUUUAUUGCAAAUGAAUAUAGUUUGGUGGGACUUAAUGAAGUGAUUCAAUAAAACAACAAUAUAAGCAUUUUAAGAAGUAUUUAUUAUGAAUCUUAACUAAUCAAAGUGAAAACUAAUAUAAUCUUAAAUUUAGAGAUAGAGGCGCAUAAUACUUCCUCUUUUAUCACAUGAUCCAUUAUUACUGGAAUUCGCCUUCUCUCUAUCCAACCCCAAUAAAAUAUAUAGCAGAAUAUUCAUCAUAUUCUAAAUUCUUCUAUACUUUCUAUUUGAAGCUUCACUAGUUAUAUUUUUGUAUUAGUUUUUCAUUCAGUCAAAUAAAUAGUUUAGUUACUUAAGAAAGGAAUAUUGAAAUGUGGUAAAUUAAAAGCCCUUAGAAAAUUGUAUAAGAGUCAAUAAAGUAAUAUACAAAGUCAUAUUUUACUGUUUGAAAUAAAAUU